GGCUCGCGGCGAAGUCGGUCCUCCUGGCGGCGGGCCGCAGUCCUUGGGCAGCCCUGCGGCUUCCAGGGCGUCGCGGCCGCGGCCCCGCAGCGCCGCUCCCUGAGGUGACCAUGGAAACGGGUGGCCUCCCCCUGGAGCUGUGGCGCGUGAUCCUGGCCUACCUGCACCUGCCUGACCUGGGCCGCUGCAGCCUGGUUUGCAGGGCCUGGUAUGAGCUGAUCCUCAGCCUUGACAGUACCCGCUGGCGGCAGCUGUGUCUGGGCUGCACCGAGUGCCGCCACCCCAACUGGCCCAACCAGCCCGAUGUGGAGCCCGAGUCCUGGAGGGAGGCCUUCAAGCAGCACUACCUGGCCUCCAAGACCUGGACCAAGAAUGCGCUGGACUUGGAGUCCUCCAUCUGCUUCUCUCUGUUCCGCAGGAAGAGGGAGCGCCGCACCUUGAGUGUUGGGCCAGGCCAUGAGUUUGACAGCUUGGGCAGUGCCUUAGCCAUGGCCAGCCUCUACGAUCGAAUCGUGCUGUUCCCCGGUGUGUACGAGGAGCAAGGUGAGAUCAUCCUGAAGGUGCCAGUGGAGAUUGUGGGCCAAGGGAAGUUGGGUGACGUGGCCCUGCUUGCCAGCAUUGACCAGCACUGCUCAACCACACGCGUGUGCAACCUUGUCUUCAUGCCAGCCUGGUUCUCACCAAUCAUGUAUAAGACCACAUCAGGUCACAUCCAGUUUGACAACUGCAACUUUGAGAAUGGACACAUCCAGGUCCAUGGCCCGGGUACCUGCCAAGUGAAGUUUUGUACCUUCAAAAACACCCAUGUCUUUCUGCACAACGUGCCCUUAUGUAUGUUGGAAAACUGUGAAUUUGUGGGCAGCGAAAACAACUCUGUAACUGUUGAGGGCCACCCCUCAGCAGAUAAGAACUGGGCCUACAAGUACCUGCUGGGCCUUAUCAAGUCCUCUCCGAUCUUGCUCCCUGCAGAAGACCAUGAGUUUUUAAUGUCCUUGGACCUAGAGAGCCGGGACCAGGCCUGGAGCCCGAGGACCUGUGACAUUGUCAUCGAGGGCAGCCAGAGCCCUACGAGCCCGGCCUCUAGCUCUCCAAAGCCAGGCUCCAAGACUGGCUCCCAGGAGGCAGAAGUGGGCAGCGAUGGGGAGAGGGUGGUGCAGACUCCAGACAGCAGUGACGGCGGCCUGAGCCCCAGCGGUGAGGACGAGGAUGAUGAGCAGCUCACGUACAGACUGUCCUACCAGGUGCAGGGCCCACGCCCUGUCCUGGGCGGCUCCUUUCUGGGCCCUCCACUACCAGGAGCUUCCAUUCAGCUGCCCAGCUGUCUAGUGCUGAACUCCCUGCAUCAGGAGCUCCAGAAGGACAAGGAAGCCAUGGCGUUGGCCACCUCUGUGCAGGGUUGCCUCAUCCGCAAGUGCCUCUUUCGAGACGGCAAGGGUGGCGUCUUCGUCUGCUCUUACGGCCGAGCCAAGAUGGAAGGAAAUAUCUUCCGGAACCUCACUUACGCAGUGAGGUGUAUACACAAUAGCAAGAUCGUCAUGCUCAGGAAUGACAUCUACCGCUGCCGGGCGUCAGGCAUCUUCCUGCGAUUGGAGGGUGGAGGCCUGAUCGCUGGCAACAACAUCUACCACAACGCAGAGGCUGGCGUGGACAUUCGCAAGAAAUCCAACCCACUCAUCCUGUGUAACCAGAUCCACCAUGGGCUUCGAUCCGGCAUUGUUGUCCUUGGCAAUGGGAAAGGCGUCAUCAGGAACAACCAAAUCUUCUCAAAUAAGGAGGCUGGCAUUUAUAUCCUGUACCACGGCAAUCCAAUUGUGAGCGGAAACCACAUCUUCAAGGGCCGUGCAGCUGGCAUAGCAGUGAAUGAGAAUGGCAAGGGCCUCAUCACAGAAAACGUCAUCCGUGAGAAUCAAUGGGGAGGGGUAGACAUCCGCCGUGGUGGCGUCCCUGUCCUCAGGAGCAACCUCAUCUGCUUUGGCUACUCCGACGGUGUGGUCGUGGGCGAUGAAGGCAGAGGACUGAUAGAGGGCAACACCAUCUAUGCUAACAAAGGCUGUGGUGUGUGGAUGAUGUCCUCCAGCCUGCCCCAUGUCACCAGCAACCAUGUGAGCUACAAUGGCCUGUAUGGAGUGGCAGUGUUCAGCCAGAAAGAUGGCUCUGGUGAGUUUCCUGGAGGCCAUGGGGCCCAGGAGAACUUCAGUGAGGAUGGGGAUGCCAUCCUGUGGGAGACGGAGCUGGAGAAAGAGGAUGACCCACUGCGGCGGCCCGUCACCGUAGCUCUCGUGGAGUCUAACAGUAUUAAUCACAAUGGAGCGUCAGGACUCUUUGUCCAGAGCAGCGAGGCCCUGCAGGUCAUCACCAAUGUGAUCCAUGCCAAUGGGGACAGAGGCAUCACCAUUGUUCAGAGCAGCCAGCUCACAAGGGUGGCCAACAACAGCAUCUCCUGCAACCGCCAGAGUGGGGUCAAGGUCGAAGCCCAGUGCAAGGUGGAGCUCCGGGGCAACGGUAUCUAUGACAACCGAGGCCAUGGCAUCAUUACCAAGGGUGACAGUACUGCCGUUGUGGAAAAUGACAUCAUUGGCAACCGGGGCAGUGGACUGCAGCUGCUGCCCAGGUCUGACACUAAGGUACUGAAGAACCGGAUCCACUCCUUCCGUGCCUAUGGCAUUGCAGUGCGGGGCCGCGCGAAGGCCCUGGUUCAGGAGAACAUCAUCUUCCAGGGCAAGGCCAACAAGACCAUCUUCCAGCAGAUCACUAACAACUGCGAAUGCAUCAUGCAAAACAACAAGUUCCUGGUCUUCAAGAAGAAGUCUGACACCUGGCGCCUGGUGAAUCCACCAGCACGGCCUCACCUUGAAAACUCAGGCAGGGGCUCCUCUGCGGCCCACAGUGGGCAUAAGGUGACAGCCAUGGCGACCAGGAUCUCAGCCCGUGUGGAAGGUGGUUACCACAGCAACCGCAGCAUCUUCUGUACCAUCCUAUAAGCAAGAAGACCUGCCUCAGACCCAGGCCUCAGUGGGUGCUCAGAAGAGCUAGAGGCUAAGACUCUUGGGAUGGAAGUUAUGCCUGGGAAGACUCCCAGCCCCAUCCCCAUCCUGCACACCACUGUUCCUGAAAAGAGGGUCCUAGGCCUCCUGGGGACUAAGAACAGGUACCUCUAAAACGCUUCAGCUCCACAGCCUUCAGCAGGGAGGAAACAUUCCCCCAGGAGAAAGGAAUAGCAAUUGGGAGUGUUUCCAGUUGCCCCAGCACUCAGAGGUUAUGAAGAGCUAGGGAAGUUCAAAUAGCACACGCGGUUUUAGGUCAGUUAUUCCAAGCUGCAGAGAACCUCACUUCACACAGACCAAGCCUAGACUCUUCUCAGGGAAGAAGGGAAGUAGCUGUGGUAAGGUGGAUAGCUGU